AUGAGCUUCUCUAUUGAAGUGCCUGGCGAGGCCAACCCACUGAGCUUCGAAACCCUUUGUCGCGCUCUCCUGGCAGCAUCCUCGACGGACUAUGCACAACGGCAAGCUGCAGGACAGCAGCUCCUAGCCUGGGGGGAGCAGGGGCAGCAAGGCUACUACUUGGGACUUCAGACUGCUUUCCUCGACCGGUCUCUCCCCCUCGAAGCUCGCUUCCUCGCCAUCAUCCAGCUGAAGAAUGGCAUUGACCGAUUCUGGAGAUUGUAUGCCCUGACCAAGAACGGCAUAAAAGCAGAUGAAAAGGCCGCCAUUCGCUCUCGCUUAUUUCAAGGCACUGUCGACGAGCCGGAGCGCAAAUUAGCCAUGCACAACGCUCUGGUCAUUGCCAAGAUUGUCCGCAUCGACUACCCGACGGACUGGCCGGAUGCCCUCGCUAGUAUAAUUUCUUUGCUGCGCUCAUCCAAAGACGGCAACCAGCAUCACCUGCAUGGCGCUCUGGAGAUUCUUCUUCGAGUAGUAAAAGAGCUUGGCACCGCGCGCUUGCGCAAAUCUCAGACCGCUCUUCAGUCCGUCACGCCCGAAAUCGUCUAUGUCUUGUCCGAAAUCUAUGCUGAGAAAUCCAAUAUAUGGGUUUCAUAUCUCUCUUCUGGGCAAGGUAGCGAAGAAGAAGCAACUAUUGCUAUGCGAAACAGCCUAUCUGCACUUCGAACUCUCCGUCGCCUCGUCGUCGUCGGCUACGACCGGCCGCAUAGUGAUUCCACUGUCGAGCAGUUCUGGAUGCUCUCCCAGAACCAGUUCGGGCAGCUUCUUAAUUUUGUUCACGACAACAAUACGCCGAAUGAAAUGGUUGGCAAGCACCUUCUUCAAUUUACAAAGCUACACAUCGACAUGGCUGAACAACACGCCGCCAGUUUUGCUUUUUUGCCCAAUUCUCUGCCCCUUGUCCGUGCGUACUGGGAUCUGAUUAUGAAGUUUGCUGAGGUCUUUGAUAAAUCUGGCGGUAUUCGUCAAAGCCAAAAUGAUACGAGGGCCAAGGCUGAGGGCCCCCUUCUCGAAAGGCUUGCGCUCAAGGGUCUUUUACUGUUACGUGGAUGCGUAAGGGCUGCUUUCCAACCCACGCAGACUUUCAAAUAUCGCACGCCAGAGGUCAAAGAAGAGCAAAACCGUGCGCGCGAUAUCAUCAAAACUGAGUUGCUGAAGGAGGAGCUGGUGGUUCAGAUUGUCAACGCCAUCAUCAGCCACCUGUUCCUGUUUCGCAAAUCUGACCUUGAAUCCUGGGACGAGGACCCUGAAGAGUGGGAGCAGCAGGAACAGAGCGAGGGUAAUGCCUACGAGUGGGAGGUGCGCCCGUGUGCGGAAAAGCUCUUCCUGGAUCUUCUCACAAACUAUAAGCAGCUCCUCAUUCCUCCCCUGUUGCAAUAUUUCCAAAAUGCGCAAAACCCGGAGGCAGAUAUUGCCACCAAAGAGGCUAUUUAUACCGCCAUGGGGUUGUCAGCCGCCCACAUUUUCAAUUCCUUCGACUUUGAGACGGUCUUAUCCUCAACUCUAAUAAGUGAUGCACAGCAAACAGGCGGCCUGUUCAGGGUCCUCAGGCGACGAAUUGCCAUUUUGAUCAGUCAAUGGGCGCCUGUCAAACUCUCAGACCAGAGCAGGCCAGUCGUGUAUCAAAUCUUCCGUCAUUUCCUGAAUCCCGAAGAUGAGACAAACGACAUAGUUGUGCGCAUUACUGCUGCUCGGCAGCUUCGCUGGAUCGCCGAUGAGCUGGAGUUCAAUGUCGAGGCCUUCUUGCCCUAUACUGCGGAUGUUCUCAGUCAACUUGUCCACCUGGUCCAGAACGUGGUGGUUGACGAAACGAAGCUCGCUAUUCUAGAGUCUAUUCGAAUUUUGGUCAUGCGCAUGGAGCAACAGGUGUCACAGUUUGGGGACCAAUUGAUGACCGCACUCCCCAAAGUGUGGGAGAGCUCGGACACGGAAGAGUACAUGAUCAAGCAACAUAUCAUUGCCAUCUUUUCUGCCCUCGUAACUAGCAUGGGCAAUGAAUCGCAGCGCUACCACAGCUUCAUGAUGCCUCUCCUUGGCGAAGCAGCUAGAGAAGGCUCUGACUUACACGUCCACCUCAUCGACGAGUCUCUAGAGCUUUGGAACGCAAUCUUGGAACAGAGUAAACCACCUCUAACCAAGGAGGUCCUCGAUCUUGCAGAUGCAGCUCUUCCCCUACUGGAGUAUCAGCAAGAAACCGCUUCCGAAGCCCUGUCAGCCAUCGAGUCCUAUAUCCUGGUUGCCCCUUCAGCCAUGCUCGAAGGUGAUAUGCGCGCGGCCACGCUGACUGCGCUGUCCAACUCUCUCAACUCAAAAAGUAGAGGGCAAGUUCGUGCAGCUACUGUGUGCAUCGAAUACAUGAUUCGCGCCGCCGCGCAGCUCGGAGGAUCUGACGGCAUCUCUGUUGUUAUUCGAGACAUGGUAGACAAUGGGUUCAUGCGCACAGUCGUGACUAAUCUUCGCGAUGCUUGGGAAGCGCACCAGACAACCGGCCCGAACAGAAGGGUCAGCAAGCUAAGCACUGUGACUGAAGGAGAUUACUUUGCCAUUCUUGCGCGCCUGGCACUAGCCGAGCCAUCACUUUUUGUACAGCUGUUGGCGUCUUUUGGACCUCUGGAUGAAGUGUGGAGCUGGUUGUCCGCUGAGUGGUUCGCUUACAUCAACGGCAUGGACGAUCUUACGCGUCAGAAGCUACAUCUUCUAGGACUCACUCGUCUGCUAGAGCUGCCUUCUCCCAUGCAAGAACUGGCGCUUGCAAAACUGCAAGAUUAUUUCGACAUGUGGGCAUCGGUCUUGGCGGAGCUGCAGGACGGCGUCCCCAACGGCCAAGACAUGUUGAUUGGAGAUCUCGGAGACGUAGGAGAAGCAAACGAGUACGAUACCCCGAAACGUAUCAUAGAGCGGCAGAUGGUGGCCUGUGAUCCUGUGCGCACCAUCCAAGCGUCCGCCUUUGUUCGAGAGAGACUGCAAGAUAUCGUCAGCCGUGUAGGCGGCGAGUCUGCAUUCCAGGAGCAGUGGGCUGCCAACGUGGACCAAGACAUCAUUGCCAAGUUCCAGGCUAUGGCGGGUCUAGGUCAAUGA